AUGGAGAUUGAUGAACAAGUUGCUAUUUUUCUGCAUAUUCUUGCACAUAAUGUUAAGAAUCCCGUUAUAAUAUGUCGGUUUCGUCGCUUGGAAGAAACGAUUAGUAGGCAUUCUAUUCAAGUUUGUAAUGCAAUUGUACGAUUGCAUACUCAUUUGCUUAAGAAACUCGAACUUGUUCCCGAUAACUCUUCUGAUCAAAGAUGGAAGUGGUUUAAGAAUUGUUUUGGAGCUUUAGAUGAAACAUAUAUAAAGUGUCUAGUUCAAGUCAAAGAUCAGCCUAGAUAUAGAACAAGAAAGAAUAACAUUGCAACAAACAUUCUAGGGGUUAUUUCCGAAGAUAUACAGUUUAUGUAUGUGUUAACUGGAUGGGAGGGGUUGGCUACGGAUGGUAGAGUUCUUCCUGAUGCUCUUCUUAGACCACAUGGAUUUAAAAUUCAAAUGUCGGGUUAUUAUUUGGUUGAUGUCGGAUACACAAAUGGAGAGGGUAUGAAAAGCCAAAUUAGAAACUAUGGGCCAUUGACAAGUAAUGAAGAAAUGAAGCUAGUUGAGGCGUUGGUGAAUAUAACAAAUGUUGGAGGGUUUAAAGUUGAUAAUGGUUUCAAAUCCGAAGCGACUAGAUGGAAACACAAAACAUUUCCUUAUUAUGAAGAUCUUUGCAUUGUUUUUGGAAAAGACUUAGCUCAAGGAAAUAGAGCUAGAGAUUUGAUGGAGAUGGAACAAGAGGUGGACUUAGAAGAAGAAACGCAAGAUUCAGAUGAUGAUUUUCUAGAUUCAGAGGAAGUUAAUCGUACUACAGCCGUGCAACAUGAUGAAACUUCAGCGAGUGUUCGUUCCAAGAAGAGGAAAAAUCGAAGCAACUAG